AUGGCACAAGAACUCUGGUCCAUCCCCAAACCCUACAACCCCAUGCCCGAGUUCUUUGAGUUCCGGCUCUUCCAUAUCCGCAUCCAGGGGUGCGACAUCGACCUCUCUCCCCCCUGCCUCACUCUUUGCUACGUCGUGUAUGAACCCUAUCAACACCUUGAGAUCAAUAGCACCAAAUCGAACAACUGGUUGGGGUAUGGCUGGUCGGGGUCCAUGCCCCUUCACCAGACCCGCAUCGACCAAGAAGGGUCAGCAGUCACAUACGCAAGCAUCGACUGUGUCAAAAUCAAUGAGUAUGGCGUCGAAUGCGAAAUCUUUGACGGGGACCUGGCGGUGGCACUGGCAAGCUUAGGAAUGUGGUGGUGCGACUUGAAGGCGAUGCAGGAAAUGGGGUUGGAGACGGACAUGAUUUUGAAACCUAGGUUCACCCUGCAGUUGUGCCCACAGUUGCCGCUUCCGGAGUUCAUAAAGAGAAAGGAAGGGGUUUCGGUGCAUCCAUCAAUGGAGGUUUACAUGACCGGAUGCUGCGGAGACGACGUGCCAGAGGCAAUUACUAGGACCAAGCCGAUAAUUUAUGAUUCCGAAAAGGUUACUUAA